AAUGUAAUAGUUGAAGUUCUUUAGUACUUUGGUUUCAAAUUCAGAUUGAAGAAUUGCCUAUAUGUAAUCAAUUUUUGCUCAAAUGUCGUUUUAUUAUUGUGCUACUAUACUUGAUUUUUUAUUACUAGAGGUAAAUCAUUCGUUUAAUAAUUAUCUAAAUAUGAAUAAUUAAUUAAAUCUCUAUUGGCUAACUAUCAAUACUAUGUAAGUAUAAGUAAAUGUUUACACAAGACCAAAAAAAUAAGAAAUAAUUAACUAUGAUAUUAAAAAUAUAUCAAGAUAGAACAAGUGUCGUGUACUUAUAAAAUGAUUUAUGAUUUCUAUUUGUUAAUAACUGUCAACUUUCAAAAUACACUAAAUUGUAUAGAGUCUUAACCUCCACAUGAUUAUAACCAUAAUAUAUAAUAAAUAUAUUUGAUUGCAUUAAAAAAAAAUAUAAAAGAUCAAAAAACAUCAAAAUUGAAAAAGAAAUUAAAAGUUCAUCGUGAAUUCGAAAAAAGAAAUUUUUUUGUGAAUCUUUGACCGAUUAUAUAGUUUUUAAUAUUUCAAAAUCCUUUAUGUCUGUAAUAGAGAUUAAAAUAGAUUAAUAAAAAAACAUCAUAUAAUCUCAAUUCGAAUAAUUGCACAAAAAAAAAAAGAAACAAUCAGACACAAUUAUACAUAGUUUUCCAAUCGGAUGGAAUUGUCUAUAUUAAAUUAUAAUAGAUUUGCAAAAGAAAACCUAACAGUUUAAUGAAAUAUAUUUCUUCAUUAUUUUCUUGUUCCAUAUACUAAUGUUUAAAAAUAGUUGCUAUCGAUUACUCAAAAAACUCUGCAUCUUAAAUAUGAAAUUUCAAUGAAUUGUAAGAAAAUGCUAAAUAUUCUCUUUAGGCAUAAUUAUCUUCAUCGUCAUAUGCACAUUUUUUCCAUUCAUACUAUCCGUUAUUCAACCAUGACAGGAUGAUGUGUGAAUCGUCUCUUUUAAUUACUUAAUGUUUAUCUUUUUCGUUCGUCAUUUAAACUACGAAAUAGGAUUGUCUGUAUCAUUGUAUUAACGUGUGAAUAAUAUUUGACUACGAUUAAUUCUUUGUUUUUUUUGCACAAGCCUGUAAGCAAUAAUGUCGUUUCAAUAUUAUUCGAUUUUUUUUUUUUUUGCAUCAUAAUUUAUCAUUAGCCAUAAUCGGUAUUAAAUAUUGUCAUGAUUGUCAAAAUCAUUAAUAACAAACAAUGAUUUAAUACAAUAAAAAUUUGACUUAUAUUAAUGCAGAUAUAUGUCAGUCGUAUAGAUACUACAAUAUAAUAUUGUAUUAUGGUUGAAUAGUUUUAAGUUGCUAACAAUAUUUUGAAAUGUGUCGCUUUGUCAUUUAGUUUCGAUAUUCAAUGUUAAAGGCGUCUUGUAUUAGUUUAAAGAAGAAAUAUUUAUGUAUUAAUGUAAGCUAGUGAUACGCUCUGUUAGAUCUACACUAUAAAUUAUUAUAAUGGUACGAAUAAUCGAAAAUAUUUUAUCACAUGUUCUAUUGUACAACGUAUAUAUCUAGAUUAUUUUUUCUAUAGAGUCCAAGGACAUAUAAUUUUUCAUGCAUUUUAUCAAUAUUCGAUUGAUAUUAGUUUAGAAAUUGAAUUAUAUAAGUUCCAAUUAGAAGUCAAGUUACUUUUUUGUCUUUCUUUUGAGUCUUUUCAAUAGAUGUUAAUCGAAAAAAUAAGUAUCUUAUAUCUUCAUAUCGAUUAUGAAAUUUAAAUAUGAAAAUUAUAUUAAUAGUAUAAGAAGUACUGUUCGAGACUAUAAAAUUCUAGAUUUGAUGAAUUCUACUACUGUAUUCUCUUGUUAACAUUUUAUAUUUCUGCAUUUGUGAUAAUAUUUUAACAAAUAAAAAAUUUAAGGUCUUUCCUUCUUAGUUUCAAAAAAAAUGUUUCAUACAAUUCAACGACAACUAAAAAUAUUUCUCUUAAUCACAUGUUACUUUUUCAAUAUCAUAAGUAAGUUAAUAAAUUUCUUCGGAAAUGAAAACAUUAUGAAUAUUAGUUGGAGGUCCUGAUCAACGUCGUUUGUUAAAAUAUCUAUUGACUGAUAAUGGAUAUAAUCCAAUUGAACGACCUGUUCAAAAUGAUUCUCAUACAUUAUCUGUCAUUAUAAAUUUGGCUUUACAACACAUCAUUGAUUUUGAUGGAAAAAAUGAAGCUAUUGUUAUUAGUGGAUGGAUGACUAUGAUGUGGAAUGAUUAUAGUUUAAAAUGGAAACCAGAAGAUUUUGGUAAUAUUGAAACACUACGAAUACCAAGUACACAAAUUUGGACGCCAGACAUUCUCCUAUACAAUAGUGCGGAUGAAAAAUUUGAUCCUACAAUGAAAGUUAAUGCUGUUGUGCAACAUAAUGGUGAUAUACUAUAUGUUCCACCAGUAUUGUUCAAAUCAAUUUGUUCAUUUGAUAUUGCUGGAUUUCCAUUUGUAAGAAUCAAUUUAACGGCUGAAAGUAGUAAAGGUCAAUUAGAUGCAUACGUCAAAAGUGCUGAAUGGGAUUUAGAAGUACCUUGUUUUCUUAUCAGUUGUAUGACAUUACUUGGAUUUUUAUUAGCACCAGAUAGUGGUGAAAAAUUAACUUUGCAGGUUACAAUUCUUCUAACUGUUGUUAUGUUCAGUUUACUUCUAUCAGAAAUUAUGCCACCAAGUUCAAAUGCUAUACCUAUUAUUACUAUUUAUUUCAUGUGUAUUAUGAUUAUGUCAGCAGUUUCCGUUGUUGCAUCCGUAAUAGUAAUAUCACUUCAUUUUCGAAAUUCAAAAAAUUAUACAAUGCCAUUAUGGGUUCGUAAAUAUAUUUGUAACUAUUUGGCAUGGCUAUUAUUUAUGAAGCGUCCUAAUCAUGAUUUAAGUUGGGGUGCAAUUCGUCGUCAAUGGGCUUUUCUAAAACAAGAACCACAUAAUAUAAAUGCAUUGAUUGGUAAUAAUCAUUCUAAAAUUCCUUCAGAACCAUUGUUACAUAAGACAUUCGAAUUAUUACCAAACAAUAUUAUAGAUAUCGAAAAAGAAUCUUUAGAAUUUCAAGAAAAUCAACAAAAACAACGUUCGGAUGUACUAUUAGAAUUUUCUGUACCUCGAGUUACGAAAAUUCAUCGUAAUGUAUCAAAAGAGUUGCAUACAUGUGAUAUGGAAAUGGUUCGUUCUGAACUACGUAUUAUUAUUUCUCAACUUACUGUUCUUACUAAUCAUUUUCGACGACAAGAAGAACAUGAUGAUGAAACUCAAGAUUGGAAAUUUAUAGCAAUGGUCAUUGAUCGUCUUUGUCUAAUUAUUUUUUCAAUAAUCAUGUUUGUUUUUACUACACUUACUUUUCUUAAUGUUUAA